AUGUCGCCUACUUUCCAAUACACCGACGAAAUGUUGGACUUUGAAGAUGCAAACAACUUUUUGCUGAUGCUCCAGAAUACUGUCCCGUCUUUUGACAAGAAAUGGGAGUUUGACUCAACUCAGCCGUUGGAAAUUCCUGACCUGAUGUUUGUUUCCGACUUGGACUCUGUCCUGUCGGGGUUGUUCAACUCCGGCUCUUCUUUCACAGGCCCAGAUUAUGCAGACCAGCUGCAAGCGAACUUUAUGCCUUCGAGCGUUGGCUUGAACGAUGGUGGCGUUCGCAUGCUGUCUUUCAGUCUGGCUUCGGGCUCGGACCUGGCCGGCUCCCAUUUUGCUACCUCUUCGAACGGCACUCCCAACACAAGCAUCACUUCUCCUCAUACGCUGCCGGAAGCUCAUGUUAAAAAGGAGCCUCCUCUGCCAUUUUCCCCAGCAAUGUUUUCCACCAAUAUGAAGACGUAUAGUUCUGAUUCGGCUUCUGAUCACACAGACUUGGUCUCUCCCAGGCUGAAAGUCUCUCCCAGAGAUAAAGUCAACAAGCCAGCCAAGAAGACAAAAGUAUCCCACAAUAUGAUUGAGAAAAAGUACAGAACAAAUAUCAACUCCAAAAUCAUGGAGCUCCGUGACGCAGUACCAACCUUGCGCAUCGUGACAGGGAAAACCAACGUCCUGGUUACAGACUUGGAAGGUUUGUCCCCUGCGUCCAAAUUGAAUAAAGCUUCUGUCUUGACCAAGGCUACAGAGUAUAUCAAACAUUUGGAGCACAAGAACAGCCUCAUGAGUAAACAGAUUGCACAAUUGCAGAAUCUAGUCCGUGAUGCUGGGAAUAAUGCUCCUCUGCAGCCUCUUGCGCGUGAGCCUCCAAUAGCCUCUGCUGCUCCCGAAGAGAAUAAUGUGUCUUAUGGUUUUACUGCUCCAGAUCAGAAUUUCGAGCCAAUGGGAUUUAUGGACUACGGUCUUCAACAAAGCCCCAUGCAAGUAUCUUCUUCCCGCAGCAGUGGCUUGAACAUGGACUCAAGUUUGAUGUUGGGAGGAGGCAUGGCCACUGCUUUAUGUGGCUCUUUUAUCUCUGGAGAAAACUUUAAAGGCAUGGCUGCAGUUCCAUUUUUCCCAAGUGCUCUUUCUCAUCCUUCGGCGGUGACGUUGCAAGUAUUGCCUGUUGUUAGAGCUGCGGUUGUCAUGUCCGGCGUUUUAAUGAUGGCAAAGCCUUUAAGUCGUAUGUUCGGCAAGAAUGAUGGCAAAAAACAGGUGAGGGGUAAUGUAUGGACCUCAUGGGUACUUGCUUCUCUUGGGCUUCAGGCUCCUUUAACAGGAUCUGAUAGCAAAGACUGUGCUAUCGCCCGUCUAUUGGGUCAAAGCAAAUUUUCAUAUUAUGAGGUGAUGAGAGACUAUGCAAGUCUUUCAUCGUGCGAGUCGCUGUAUGAGAAUUGCUUUUUGCAAGUGCUUUUAGGUGUCAUGAUGAUCAAAAAGUAUCCUGUCUUAUCAAAAGCUAUCAAGGGUAAUGUGAAAUGGAAGGCAUCUUUGUUGAUGAAUCUCGAAUAUUCGGGCGACAGUGAGAGUUUGAAAAACCUCAGUAAAUUUAUCAAAACAGUUGAUGGUUUGUCUUUGUUCGAUUCUGAUACCUUGAUAACUCGCCUUGUCAACUUGGCAACUAGGUCUCCUGUCAACAAGAACAUUGUCAACGGAGACAAUGCAAAUAACUACGUGGACGUUCUUCUAAAAAACAAGGGUGAUCUUUUUGCAAUUAUAUUCCAAUGGAGAGUUCUUGAGAUUACUUAUGAGUUGAACUUGUCUUAUUUGGAAUACUUCACUGCUGAAUCGGAAAAGAGGGAUAAAUGCAUGACUGAUCUUGAAAAGGACAUUAAAAAGGUUGAUGAGUUUUUGAAGAAUGAGAACGUUUCAAGUCAGUUGAUCGAACACUUUUUCUUUGUUCAAAUGCAUAGUAAAUCCCGAAGCAACCCCGGAGUUGCUAGUGCACAUGAAAUCGAAGGUUCUUAA